UGUUCACAGCAGCUCGCUCUUCUCCUGUCUUUGCGCUAUUUACAUGAGAACGUGAUUUAGGCCGUAGGGGGGAAAUGCCAUAACAGAAUCAACAGGUUGUAAAGUCUAAUAUAUGUAAUUAGUUUAAAAUGAAGGUACCGGAGGAGGAAUUAAUGAGCGAUAUUUUGAAGCGGUUAACGGGCGAAUCUGCGCUCCCCGCAUACAGCAGCAUUGAGAAGUUCAAACGGGGAAAGGACGGCUUGUACUUCGUCGCCGAGGACUUCCAUCAUACUGUGAAAAAGAGAGAACUGGUCAACGCCAAGGAACGACUGAGAAUUAGGAGCUUGAACACCAUGUUCUCCCGCUUGAAACGCAUGGUGCCACUAAUGCGACCGGACCGGAAGCCCAGUAAAGUGGACACACUCAAAGCUGCGACGGAAUACAUCCGAUUGCUUGUUGCAGUUUUGCAGGACGCAGACAAUGAUGAUAGCAGUGGGACUGAUUUCCUAAAGAAUGCAAUCAGUUAUGGUCAGACCGACAGCUUGAGCAAUGACCUGUGGAGGGUGGAGGAUUUGCUGAACAUGUCAGAGGAGCGAAUGGAAGAUGGAUUCGCGAUGCCCUCAGAACCGGUAACGGAGGACGGAGAUAUGACCCGACUGAUGUUGCAGCAUUGUCUGCCUGCCUACCAGUUCAUCAUCCAAGUAUCACCUGAUCAGACUUUGCUGUCUCAACCCUAAAGCACAUGGUUUGGACCAAUAUUGGAAACCUGCCAGGGGCCUGCUGAAGAAGAAAGGAUUUUUCUCGAAGAAAAUGCUGAAUUUAUUUGUCUUUAAUUUAACUUUUGAAAUUUACAUUUCUUUUGACUAAAUAAGAAUGUUUUUA